AUGCCAAGGUGGCUGUUGUGCAUUGGCAUCUGUGUGCUUUUAGUCUCGUCAUAUGCUCUGGACGAGAUCGUCAAUAAUAGUGUGAGUGAAGGUGAGCAGCAGACGGAGACGGAGAAGGAGAAGCAGACGGAGACGGACAUAAAGUUGCCCAGCGAGGUGCAAAGAGCCGUUUGCACUGUCAAUGCUGGCGAGGUCAAGGCAUCCGCCGAGGCGGUCACAACCAAGACAUUAAAGGGUGUCUGUGGCUCGGAUGAAAUGAAUUUGGCAUUUCGCAAUUUGGAACAGAAAUUGUUUGAGGAAUUGCGUGAAGUUAAGGAGCAGCUACUAAAGUUAACUGCAAUGUUGGAGCAGCCAAAUCGAGGUAUCGGCCCCUUCACGCCCACCACGCCCCUCUCACCGUCCACAUCUACCACGCCCUCGACGCCAGCUCCAUUCAUAAAGCCUUCAAGCAUGAAAAUAAUUAAGUUCGAGCAAAUAACGCUGAAGCCCAGCCUGGAGAAAAAGCAGCCACAGCUUAAGCAGAUGGAAGGUGCGCCGGAACGGGAGGAGGAAAUUGAUAGAUUCAAUAAUACCAUGCUGGCCGAUCAGGACUUUCAGUUAUUCACCUACUACUGGAAGUUGGAAAAUAUAACCGAACACAUUGCCAAGGCGUCCACUAGAACCGUCAAGAGUCCCAUGUUCAGCAUCCGAGGCAAGACGCUCCAGCUGCAGUGCACCUUUCAGCACUUGCACCGGGAUAUGAUCAAUCUGCAACUGGCCAUGGCCUAUCCAACCUACGAGCACGGCGUUAAGGGCAAGGAGAACAACAUUAUGCUGGACAUGGGCGGGCAAUGGAAGCCGCUGAAGUGGGCUGAUCGUGUUGCCUUUAAACACAAAAUUUCUCUGUUGGAUCAGCAGCGUAGCCAUCGACGUCCGCAGGACCUCAGUUCGCUGGAAUUGACCAAGCUCGACUCGGGUUUCUCCAUACCGAAUAGCGCAAUUUUGGGCAGCAACUAUGUGAAGCACAAUUCGCUGCUCAUACAAAUUAUUUUAUAUUUGUGA